CCCUUUCUCCAUCAAAUUAGAAUUAAAUUAAUUAAAAAUUAAAAUUAACUAAUUAAAAAAUGCCAAACUAAGAAAUGGAUGGUGAACAGGCUGUUCACCAUCUGAUGGGAAGUGUAAGAGCACCGCCUUUAAAAGAUGACGGCAGAGGCGGAAAAGCUUUGUGCCUUUGAGCAAGGUGGGGUUGCUGAGCUGCAGAUCAGCGCCAUGGCUGCUGAGCUUGGACGCAGUAAGAGCGUCAUUACAAACCUCUGGAAAACAUCCUGAAGCUCGUGGGACAUAAAAGUCAAGUGGUAGACCCAAAAAAGGAUCCCAUUGGCUGUCCGUCAAGACUCGGGACCAUCCUGGGCCCAAACGUAGGUGGGUACCGGUGCUGAGUGCAGACCAACAACCAUCACCAAAUCUUUUUGCAUUUUGAAGCUCGACUUUAAACCUCCUUGAGAUCCAAAAUGCACAAUCUUGCAGGUUGCAUCAGGAGUGUAUGUAUGAAAUAUAUAUAAUACAGCUUAUGUAUAUAUCAGGAUGUUCAUGAAGUGUUUUGGUUUUUAGUGUGUGCCGUUUCUGACAGACUAAAUCCGCCCAAAGAUGUUAUGGUUUUCAUCCCGGGUCGUCUUCGGCUAUUGGCGAAGAUGAAUCACAGUGUUACACAACCCAGUUGGCUGCAGCUCAGGGAACAUUUGACGAGCAGGGCGGCCCAUCUUUGCGAGCUUUUGAACACAUUUGCACACGCCAAACGGGCCGUCGGGCCGUGGAGUGCUCCACGGAGGUUUGACAAAGUGAAACUCUAUCUGUUAGGAAACAAGUCCAGCCCCCGGUUUGCAUUUGCUUCCUAACUUGCCCAAUGCUCGUAUCAGUGAAUCUUUACUCCGUGACAAGAAAUGAACGUGACAACCUCCCCUGUUCCUAAACGGGACUCCCGCGGUCGGGCAAGAUAAUCCCUUCUUCCCAAGAGAGCUUGAUAUUAAAGCUGACAGCUGUACAGUCACACUUGUCACCCUCCAUAGUCUCCUGUGGGCUCUUUCUUCAUUAGGCUUCCAGCCCGUCGAAAGGCAGUCCUUGUGCUGGCGUCGCUUGGACUCAAGUCCCUUUUCUGCAGCUCAUGCAAUCCAUGCAUGGUCCACAACUGCAUUGUGAAAUUGUGCUUUAAGAAAUUGUGUAAUUUGGUGAGCAUCCUAUGGAUGGGUACGUGCUACGUACUCAGCACAACAACAUGCUAAAUAAACACUGCACUUAUUGCAGACAAUCAAUCAUGAGGACGGGCUGUGGCGACUUCAAGAACACAAUGUUACUUGCACAGUUCACUGACUUUUUUUCCGAGUGUGAGAACAAGCUGCGUUGCGCAAUCAACAACUGCCAUGCGGGGGGAGGAAGAAAAAAGGGGGCCAGCAGGUGUGUGUUUUUCUCGCACUGCGUGCACGCUGUGGGCAAUGCAUGUCUCUGUGACACGUCGCGGGAGGUUUCAUACGCUUGCAUCACACAAGGAACAGUGUCAAACUAAAAGGUCAUGCAUCAUGACCCCCCCGACCUUAUGAGCGGGUCAGUGAAUGUGUGUGUUGUCAUCCUUUACAUUUUCCAUAUGGUUUGGACGUUAAGCACAUCUCCUGAAAGCUGAACGUUUUAAAUUAUGGAGUCAGGAGAAGAUCCUGGAAAAUUCCUUCCACCCUGCAAUGCAAUGUAAACACAGUGAUCGUUAUGGGCUGUUGCAGUUGCAGGGCUUGGCCAGUAGAGGCCGACAGAAUGCAGGAACAGAGUGAAAGGAAAUUCACCAGAAGACCGGAAUGGAAAAGUACCUUGACUUUGCACUUGGUGGUGCAGUACUGUACAUUGUGUUAUUAUUUUCACACUGAUGUCUGGUGAUAACAUGUAGGCGUGACAGUACGUGUUGUUUAUCUUGAUCAACUGUACCCUCAAUUCUGAGUGAAAGAAAGCACAUCAACAACAAGUGGCAUUAAAGUCCCGUGUUGGUGAAAUGAAAUCAAUCCGAGUUGCAAUGCACAUUGUGCAGGAAACAUGUAUUUCUCCAUUUAUUUACCAAAACCAAGAGUAGCUUAUUUAACGCAACGCUCAUCGGGAACCAAUGCUGCGUUCAGGUGCUCGACGUAAACAAAUGCCUACCUGCUUGAUUACCGUUUGAUACCCUGCCCAUCAUUCACUACAAGUUGGUAUAAAGAAUAAAUAAGUCCAGACUGUAUGUAGUGUAACAAUGACUCUGCACGUGUCAUAAUGCUUAUAAUUGGUAAAUGAUUGCAAAACAAUCAGGAUCGUGAGCCGUCUUGUGUCUCCUAUUGUUUAUGUAAAAUCGUGCACCGUGUUUACAGCGAAGCCGUAUUUACGAGUCAAGUUGUAGUUUUCCCAACGGUACUGAAACGCACCGCAAAAAAACAACGCCCGCCACCUUCAUUUACAUAAUGUAUGCACGCGUCAUGUGACGUCACGACUCCUGCCGUUUAUAUACUGGCGAGUUGCAGAAAAUAGCUCAGCAGACAGUCGCUCAGCCAGACAAGCGACCCUCGAUAAGCUUUGACUCUGCACUUCGCCAGUGCAUCGACGAAACCGAAACACAAGGAUUUAUUCUCCACAUUUUUCAUACCGACUCGCAAAGGUGGCGAAAAGUAUCUUCCAAACGAGUCUGUCGCUGACCAUGAGCACGGAGAUGUUCGCUAAAACGCCAAUGGAGGUGGCCGUCUACCAGCUGCACAACUUCUCCAUAUCGUUCUUCUCCUCGCUGCUCGGAGGAGACGUCGUGUCGGUCAAACUUGACAACAGUGCCUCUGGUGCUAGCGUGGUGGCCAUUGACAACAAGAUAGAGCAGGCCAUGGACCUGGUCAAGAACCACCUGAUGUACGCCGUGCGUGAGGAAGUGGAGAUCCUCAAAGAGCAGAUCAAGGAGCUGGCGGAAAAGAACAACCAGCUGGAGAGGGAAAACUACCUGCUGAAGAACCUGGCCAGUCCGGAGCAGCUGGAGAAAUUCCAGUCCCGCAUCCCGAGCGACGGCCUGCUCCCGCUGGACAAUCAGAGCGUCCAGGCGAUGUCCGAGCAGCAGACCUGCAGCCACGCCGCCGGCUCUGCUGUGUAAGUGGCUCUGCCUUGGGGCGGGCAGAGCCACUGUCCCUGUUCAGCAAUGGACCUCCAUGUUUUUGCGUUGAAAGAAUUGCUGCCGCUGGAAAAACAGGCAAUGAGGGCGUGGCCUAGUGGCCGCCAAACGCCCGAUGGGACUUGAAAAGUUGACUGAUGAGCACAAAACCCCAGACCGGCGCAGCGUCAGGUCCCGUCCUCUGAACCCGUCCAAGUCUUGGCCGUCGUGCCAACGAGCGCCAAGAACUGAGAGGCGCAUUAGCGUGCUCGCUCGCUUUCGGACAGCGGGUCGGAGUGGGCGCCAUCGGCGACCGUCCGUAGGCUCUGGUUGGGCUGGUCCCGCAGGUGCUAACUCGGAAAGCCUGUGAGGCGGGUGCGGCCACUUCCUGCUCCACCCGGGUCUGGACGUGCUGUGAGGAGGCCCCCCCUCGGCGUGUGGAUGCGUUCCGAGUUUCCAGGAUUCCCGACUCCACAUUUCAUCCGCAAGGACUUUCCCCGUCUUGAUGUUGACGUUGAUUAACCGAAAUAGCAGGAUGAGCUGAGGUGACGCUUGGCGUCUAAUCCAGCCUGGUGGACGGACUAUGCUGUACUGAUUGCUAAUCUGUAACCUUCUAAUGUCUGCACUUAGGGCUUGCCGCUUCUGGGGGGGGGGUCAUCCGUGCCGUAUUUUGUUUUGUUCCAGUCGUAUAAUAGCGAUGCUCCUUAGAGAUCAUUUUGUCUUCGUCCUGCAGCCGAAGACCAGCGGCGGACUGCUGGGACGUCUGCAAGCGUUGACGCCGUUUCCUAAGCCCGGCGCCAACCUGAAAACGAUGGCAUGACAACAGUGCCUGCACGUAGUCAGAGAGGAACACGUUGCGUUUUCCAAGCUACCAAAGACUCCAAAUGCAAACGAGCAAAAAGACGAGGCGCCAGCCAGGACCAUGUGUUCCAAGUUCACAGGGAGAAGUUAGUCCUCGUCUCUGGUUUUGUAAAGAUAACGGGAUUGUUGCUCUAAAGUAUCCAGACAACAUUUGUUUGCUACGCUCUUUGGAUACACUGCACAUUUGCAAUAAACCUUAUGUUUACAUAACA